UGGGGCGGCGGCUGGAGCGCUGCCUGUCCCGGCUCCUGCUCUGGGCCAGCCUGGGGCUGCUGCUCGUCUUCCUGGGCAUCCUGUGGGUGAAGAUGGGCAAGCCCUCGGCGCCGCAGGAGGCGGAGGACAACAUGAAAUUAUUGCCAGUGGACUGUGAGAGAAAAACAGAUGAGUUCUGCCAGGCCAAGCAGAAGGCAGCUUUGCUGGAACUGCUGCACGAGCUCUACAACUUCCUGGCCGUCCAAGCCGGUAAUUUCGAGUGUGGAAAUCCAGAGAAGCUAAAAAGCAAAUGCAUCCCCGUGAUGGAGGCCCAGGAAUAUAUAGCAAACGUGACCAGCAGCUCCUCCGCCAAGUUCGAGGCCGCGCUGACCUGGAUACUGAGCAGUAACAAGGAUGUGGGCAUCUGGUUGAAAGGGGAAGACCCCUCUGAACUGGUGACCACCGUGGACAAGGUGGUCUGCCUGGAAUCCGCCCGCCCCCGCAUGGGCGUUGGCUGCCGCCUGAGCCGGGCCCUGCUCACAGCGGUCACCAACGUGCUCAUCUUCUUCUGGUGCUUGGCAUUUCUGUGGGGGCUUCUGAUCCUCCUGAAGUACCGAUGGCGCAAGUUAGAAGAGGAGGAGCAGGCCAUGUACGAGAUGGUGAAGAAGAUUAUAGACGUGGUCCAGGACCAUUACGUGGACUGGGAGCAGGACAUGGAGCGCUACCCCUACGUGGGCAUCCUGCAUGUGCGCGACACCCUGAUCCCUCCACAGAGCCGGAGGCGCAUGAAGCGGGUCUGGGACCGAGCCGUGGAGUUCCUGGCCUCCAACGAGUCCCGGAUCCAGACGGAGUCCCACCGCGUGGCCGGGGAAGACAUGCUGGUGUGGAGAUGGACUAAGCCCUCCUCCUUCUCCGAUUCGGAGCGGUAAUCACUGCAGGGGCCUGUUCCCAGUCCGCCUGCCCGGGCCACUCCGGGCGCCAGGAGGUCGCCAGACCUGCGGUGCUGAGUCCACACUUGCCUCCUCUCGCCUGCUGACUCCGCUCCAGAAGGCUCUCAGGCUCCUGGGGGAGCUCGGCGCAUUAGGAAAUUACCAGAGGGAGCAGCCAGAGUGAGGGCCGAUCUUCUAUGCCUCGAUUUGCUGGAAGCAAAGGGGAGAAGGAUUUGUUUCUCAUGAAUAGAAAAGACAAAGAGCAGCAGCGAGACCCUGCAGAGCAAGCGUGAGGUUGGGCCCGCUGGAGACUCCGUGCGGGCAGUCCAAGGCCGGCGGCCAGGAGGUGGGCACCGCGCCGUGCAGGCGUCAGGGCUGGCGGUUGGGGCAGCAGGGGUAGGGGAGCAGCUUGGUCCAUGUGCCUUCAGGGGGUGUUGCGGGAGCUCAAGGGUGAGGGGGGGAAAGCCUGCCCUCCGCUGGCUGGGCCUCUUACCCGGAAGAGGGGAGAUGCUAGAAAUUAGAACCUCAGUGGCCGUAGGGGACUGUCUAGAAACUCCCUGCGCUUGCGGGAGCGAGCUCUGGCAUGGUGUCCUGGGAGGAGCCCGGAGAAGGACCGUGCUGAAAGCAGAGAGGAGCCGAGGCCGCCCGCCGCCACCUCCCGCUGUGCCGUCAG